ACGCGGUGGCUUCCCGGCCGGGCUCCGAGGACCUGGCUGGAGCGUGAGGCCCGCGGCUGCGGAACGUCCGGCUGGCAGGGAGCGGGCAGCGGCGGCGUCCGAGGCGCUUCUGCGGCGCGGUCCCCAGCCCGCCACGCAGGCGCCUCUCCCUCUCGCCGCCAUUGUUGCCCAAGGCCUCUCGGGCCGCUCGGGCAGCGCUGCCCGGUCCCAGCGACAGGGACUUCUUGCCAUCUUUACCUUGUAACCAGAAUUUUUAAUUAAAGCUCUAAUUGCCAUGAGUCUAUUUCUCCUCUGACUGCAGCAGCUCUUGAUAUAGUCUCUGUGGCUUUAACAUGAAAUUUCAAGCACUUGGCUAACUACUGGGAAAGUAUUACCAGAUUGACUUUCUUUCUUACAAAAUGUUAGCACCAAGCAAGAGGAUGACAAAUUCUUCACGCUCCCAAUUUUUUAUGUGGAAGUCAGACAAAGCUCGCACUGGACCCCACAAUGUUGAGAGGGAAAUCCUUGCUUCAAAAUUCUUGCGUAAAACUGAAACCUGUCGACAAAAUUUUAGGAAUUUUUCCUACCCAGAUCUUGCUGGUCCUCGAAAGGCAUUGAAUCAACUCCGAGAGCUCUGCCUUAAGUGGCUAAGACCUGAGAUUCACUCAAAGGAACAGAUCGUGGAGAUGUUAUUACUGGAGCAAUUCUUGAGCAUCCUGCCUGGGGAGGUUAGGACUUGGGUAAAGUCCCAAUACCCAGGGAACAGUGAGGAAGUUGUAACUCUGGUGGAGGAUUUGACUCAAAUUCUAGAAGAGGAAGCUCCUCCUCAAAACUCUCUUUCUCAAGAAACCACAGAAGAAGAUGCUAAGAGAGGACUUAUGUACCAAACAAGUUGGCUAAAUGAGAUGACCAAAGAACCAAUGACAUUCAAAGAUGUGGCUGUAGACAUCACCCAGGAGGACUGGGAGCUAAUGCGACCUGUACAAAAAGAAUUGUACAAAACUGUAACUUUACAGAACUAUUGGAAUAUGGUUUCUCUGGGACUUACAGUGUACAGACCAACUGUGAUUCCCAUGUUGGAAGAACCAUGGAUGGUGAUAAAAGAAAUUUUAGAAGGCCCUAGUCCAGAAUGGAAAACAGAAACCCAAGAGAGUACUUCACUGGAGAAUACUGCUAAAUAUAUAAGUGAAGGAGCACAGACUAUCAAAUUGGAAGAACCGUAUGAUUAUGAUGACAGGUUAGCAAGUCAAGAUACCUUCAGGAAAAUUUACGCAAAUGAAAUAUUUCUGAAUUUGAAGUCUGAUCUAUCACAGGAUUAUACAGCAGAAGAGUAUUUUAGUAAAUAUAAUAUAUAUAAAAACUUUGAAAAACAUUCAAACCUAUUUGUACAGUUUGAUGCUCUAUCAGAUAAUAAAUCUUCUCUGUAUAAUGAAGUCAGGGCAACCUUCAGUCAUGUCUCUUAUGGUAUUGUACAUAGGAAAAUACUACCUGGAGAGAAGCCUUAUAAAUGUAAUAUAUGUGGAAAAAAAUUUAGGAGAUACCCAUCCCUAAUGAAACACCAAAGUACCCAUGCCAAAGAGAAAUCUUAUGAAUGUGAAGAAUGUGGGAAAGAAUUUAGGCACAUUUCAUCUCUUAUUGCACAUCAGAGAAUGCAUACUGGAGAAAAACCAUAUGAAUGUCACCAGUGUGGUAAAGCCUUCAGCCAGCGUGCACAUCUUACUAUACAUCAGAGAAUUCAUACAGGAGAGAAACCCUAUAAGUGUGAUGACUGCGGGAAAGAUUUUAGUCAGCGUGCACACCUCACUAUACAUCAAAGGACGCAUACUGGAGAGAAACCAUAUAAGUGCUUGGAAUGCGGUAAAACCUUCAGCCACAGUUCAUCACUGAUAAAUCACCAGAGAGUUCAUACUGGAGAAAAACCUUAUAUAUGCAAUGAAUGUGGGAAAACUUUCAGUCAGAGUACACACCUUCUUCAACAUCAAAAAAUACACACUGGAAAGAAACCAUAUAAAUGCAAUGAGUGUUGGAAGGUGUUUAGUCAGAGUACUUACCUUAUUCGACAUCAGAGAAUUCAUUCUGGAGAAAAGUGUUAUAAAUGUAAUGAAUGUGGAAAAGCCUUUGCUCAUUCCUCAACUCUCAUUCAACACCAGACUACUCACACUGGAGAGAAAUCCUACAUAUGUAAGAUAUGUGGGAAAGCCUUCAGCCAAAGUGCAAACCUUACUCAGCAUCAUAGAACACACACUGGAGAGAAACCGUAUAAAUGCAAUGUCUGUGGGAAAGCCUUCAGCCAGAGUGUACAUCUUACUCAACAUCAAAGGAUUCAUAAUGGAGAAAAGCCCUUUAAAUGCAAUAUAUGCGGGAAAGCAUAUAGACAGGGUGCAAAUCUUACACAGCAUCAAAGGAUUCAUACUGGAGAGAAACCCUACAAGUGUAAUGAAUGUGGGAAAGCUUUUAUUUAUUCCUCAUCACUUAAUCAACAUCAAAGAACUCAUACUGGAGAAAGACCCUAUAAAUGUAAUGAAUGUGAUAAGGAUUUUAGCCAGAGAACAUGCCUUAUUCAACACCAGAGAAUUCACACAGGAGAGAAGCCCUAUGCAUGUCGUAUAUGUGGUAAAAGUUUCACCCAGAGUACAAAUCUCAUUCAGCAUCAGCGUGUUCAUACAGGUGCCAAAAACCGUAAUUAACCUAUAUGGGAAACUUUAUUUAGAUCUUAAAAAUUAAUCAUUUAAAUUUUAUUUUAUACUGAAAACAUUCGAAAGAAACCCAGAAGAAGUGCAAUAUGUAUUGAUGGCACUUAGCAGAAGUAUCAGAAUUAGUAUUUUCAAUAUGACCUUUCAAGUUUCAUGUGAAUUUUAAGAGAAAACAUUCAUUCACUUAAUUUUAUAUCAACUUUAUUUCAGAAAGAACCCCUAUAAAAUAAGAGUACCAAGAAAUCUGUAACUCAACUAUAUUUCAAAUACUUCUUUAUGAGGCCUUAUGAAUGUGACUUGGGGAAGCUUCCAUCAAGUAGAGAUUUCACACUAAAGACUAUGACUGGGAAUAUAGGAAAGGAAAUGCUGCUUUUGGGUCUCUAAAUCUUUCCAGCUCUGAAGCCUUAAGUAUAUACAGGGGUUCCUCCUCUUUUUCAUUUCUCUUUUUCUAUUAUUACCAUAACUGCCAUAGGGAGCUUGUAGGUUUUUACAUAAAUAAAAGAGUAGUAGUAUCAACAUUUUCUGUAUAAUCACUGUUUGAUUACAUGUUCUUUAUAAUGUUGAAGUAUUUAAGGAAGAUAUAAUGAGAUUGUCUCAAAUUUCUUAAUCUAUUAGGGUAGGAACUAGUGUAUAUACAUAUAACCCUUAGACAAAUAUACAAAUUUAGUUAAAAUCAAAAGUUAAGCAUUGAGUAUAAAUGUUUAAUACAUAUCGAACUUAGUCUCAAUAGAUUUUAAUGUCUGAAAUUAUAAGAAAAAAAGCAAAAGUAUAAUUUUCCCCUUUUUUAUUUG